GCCGUCGAGAAGACGUGUAGAACGAGAUAUCCCUCUUCGUCUCUGCCAACGGCCGGCGCGUCCCCUCCUACGACUCCAAAUCAUUUCUCUUUCGAUUCCUGUCGCUAACCCUGUCUCCAUGUUCUGAUUCAUCGAGGGAACCAAGGUUCCGACCGAGAGGUGAACAUGCGGGGCUGCGUCCGGGAGCUCCUCCAAGGAUGCCUGCGUUCUCGGAGGGCCUAUUUUUCGGUUGACGGUUCUAGAUGCAGAUUUGGUUGUUUAUCAGAUUCCUAUGGCUCAUCUGGCAGAAUCAAAGGCUGCUGUCCGAGUGUCGGUACUCCAAGCUGUUCCAGGUCAAUGGCUUCUGCAACUUCGUGUGCUGUCUUGUCUGAAGCGUUGCCAAAGGAUAAAGAUAAUCUUGCAUCCGAUAUGCUAAUUGAUUCAUUUGGGAGGUUCCAUAAUUACUUGAGGAUCUCGUUGACGGAGCGUUGCAACCUCAGGUGUCACUAUUGCAUGCCAGCAGAAGGUGUUGAACUCACACCUAACUCUCAGCUUCUUUCUCACGAUGAAAUCGUUCGGCUUGCAAAUCUCUUUGUGACGUCUGGGGUGGAUAAAAUUAGGUUGACAGGUGGAGAACCUACAAUUAGGAAAGAUAUAGAAGAUAUAUGCUUGAGUCUUUCCAACUUAAAAGGUUUAAAAACACUUGCUAUGACCACCAAUGGGAUCGUUCUCACGAAGAAGCUUCCAAAGUUGAAAGAGUGUGGUGUUAAUGCGAUAAACAUUAGUUUGGACACAUUGGUCCCAGCAAAGUUUGAAUUCAUGACCAGACGUAAGGGUCAUGAAAGAGUCACGGAGUCAAUAGAUGCUGCAAUAGAACUUGGAUACAAUCCUGUUAAGAUAAACUGUGUUGUAAUGCGUGGAUUAAACGAUGAUGAGAUCUGCGAUUUUGUAGAGAUGACGAGAGAGAAGCCAAUCAACGUUCGAUUUAUUGAGUUCAUGCCAUUUGAUGGGAAUGUUUGGAAUGUCAAAAAGCUAGUUCCUUACGCGGAGAUGCUGGAUAGAGUGCGACAACGCUUUAAAAAUGUACAGAGGCUUAAGGAUCACCCUGCAGAUACAGCAAAAAAUUUCAUUGUUGAAGGUCAUCGUGGGACAGUCUCAUUUAUCACAUCAAUGACUGAGCAUUUUUGUGCUGGUUGCAAUAGAUUGAGGCUCUUAGCUGAUGGCAACUUCAAAGUAUGUCUAUUUGGUCCAGCAGAGGUAAGCUUAAGAGAUCCAAUUCGUGCUGGCAUGGAUGACCUUGGGCUGAAGGAGAUCAUUGGAGCUGCGGUAUGUAUAGAUUCUGGUCGUUCAUUGUGUUCUCCCUUGAGUUGGUUGGAGCUUGUUGAUAUCUCCUGUAGAAGAAUAGCUUUUACGAUGCGAUGCAUGCAGUAUCAUUUGCAGGGUAUUCUGCAUAUUGAAUCUGCCGUCGGAGGUUGUAUCCUUCAUAAUGUGAGAAUGUUUUGUUGCAGGAUUUAUCAUGAAGACGUAGAAACUAAUGUGUAAUUCACCGACUUGGUUUAGUGUUCCAAUUUUAGAUUAGUUACAUCGGUCUUACUAGUCUAGUUGCCUUCUGAUCAGGUUAAGAGAAAGAAAGCUGCACAUGCUGGGAUGUUUGACCUAGCAAAGACAACAAACAGGCCUAUGAUACACAUAGGUGGCUGAGCAGCAGUUAAAUCCGAAUUGCUUAGAAAUGGAUAUCGGAACGGAGAAAUCGCUGCUCCAAGUUGUACGAGUCUAAGAAUCGAAAGACGGAAUUGCCAUCAUAAAGGCAGUUAAAUUCUGGACUUCUUUUGCUUCAUGUUGUUAUACGUUGUGUUAUUAAAGAAACAAACAUGUUAUCGGAACCUUGCGAGGAAAGCCACAUAGUACAACUUAUCUCCUCAUCUGAGGAUGAUACUAAUACGCAGCACUAAUGUUAAUGUCUCAUUUAGAUCGGUGCUCUUUAA